CGAUUUUAUAAUCAUAUGAUAGCCGAACAAUUAACACUUAUUCAUAGCGUAAUUAGUUGUUUAUCAUGAAUAACUAAUAGAUUUAAUUAAUUGUAUACGAUGGGAUCCGAAACGGCUAAUCGGGGCCCAGCCCACGCGCGUAUCGAUCUGGUUCCGAUGUAAACUAAACCAACCUUAGAAAUAUUCUCGAAUUAACCUAAUUUUACUCCCUUUUGACAACGCACGCAGAGGCAGCACACCGAUCUUGAGAACUUCGCAUUUUUUUUUUUUUCCUCGGGCCGAUCCUCUUCUGGUAAAUCAUUUUGCGAUCUUAGUUUCAAUCCAGCGACUCCCGCAAAGGUUCAAUUUUUCCGCUCGUUUUGUGUUAUAUUUCCUUUUUCCUGUUCGGGCUACUGGAUUCUACGGAAUUGUUCUGUCAUCCUCUUCGUGCGGAGGAGGGAUCUAUGCUUCUUGUUGAAGCUUCCGGCGGAUUCUUCCGGUUUCCUCACUGCCUGGGGAAAUACAUUUGUUGUCGUUGUCGUCGAGGGUUGAGACUCGUGUCUUUGAUAUGAAGUCGGAGGAAGAUUUGGGCAGCGGGCUGCCGGGAGUGCAGGAAUAUGAAAACGCAGAAAAGGUGGCUCCUCUGGGCGAAAUCGAGGUGCAAUUCAAUGGAGUAUUAGACCUUGAGGAAGCUUCUUCGGGCGGUGGAGAUCGAGGUCAUGAGGGGAGGAGCGUUUUUCCAGCUGAAACACAGGCGGAUGUGAAGGACAAUGGUGAUGCUGCGGGGAAUGAGCUUUCAGCCGAAUCGACAUUGAAUUUGAUGGGAUUUCCUUGUGGUGAUGCAGAACCUGUAUCAGGGUCAAAGUCGGCACCUCCUAAGGGUUAUGGUCUGAAGAAAUGGAGGAGGAUUCGGAGGGAUUCAAGCAAAGAUGAGGCCAGCAUUGCUGAUUCUGCUCAGAUUCACAAACGCAGGCUUUCAUUCGCCGAACCAUCAAAAGCUAAUGACAGCAAGCACAAGAACGAUGAUGAGGAUGAGGGUGGAGGUUCAGUUGCCUCGUUGGUCUCCAUGAACAUAAGCAGCACCCCCCUUCCAAUGAUCCCAGCCACUUUAUGUCCAGAGCUUGGUUUAUUAAUAACACCUUCUGGCUUCAAUAUUGGGAUAGACUCUGAGAAUAGUGAUGACCAAAGUAGUAAAUCAUCGACAGCUGCAAGUGCCCUGAGGUUCCGUUAUGAAGCAAUUGGACUUUGGGGUGACAGAAGCAGAACAAAGGUUGUUGGUGGAAAAGGAGCCAGGCAUGCUGUGCUCCAACAAGGUCAACGGGCUAAAGAAGGCAGAUCUGAUAGGAAUAGGAUACUUAGAGAAAACCAGGUCAAAAUUGAGAUGGAAAACUCCUAUUCGAGCAUUGAAUCUGACUUGGGAAGUUCAAAUGCCACUUUUGUGCACAUGGGAAGUGUGGCUAGCAAUAAUAAGCAGAGCGAGAAAUCUAUAAAAAAUAACGGUGAUCAGAAUGUUGCUGCUUGGCCAAGUGAAGAAGUUAGAUCAUAUCAACUCAGAGAUCUGUCAAGGGGAUAUUUAGAUGGCGAUCUGUCUGGGAAAGUGAAUAAUACUAAAUGUGAGAGUAGCCAACAAGGGCCAGAUCUUGAUCCCUUUUUUCUUGAGUCAAUUGAUUCUCUUCAAACAACAAAAGAAGCACUAGAAAAAGAAAUCCAAAACUUUGAGCAACUUAGGAAAGGCAACAUAUUUGAUGAUUAUGAUAGUGAAUAUGAAAACAUGGACGGGGCUAGCCCUGUGAGGGCCCAAUCAGAUUCUGUCCAACUAAAUCAGAAGAUUGAGCAUCUGAACUGGAAAUUAGGAGAAGCAAUAGCUGUUGCCAAGGCCAAAGAAUCAAAGGUAAAUGAGCUCGAAGCUGCCCUGAAGAGCAUAGGAGUACCGAACAAGAACAUAACUAGCUGCAAGCUCUCAUUCCUCCAAGAGAAGUGCAAGGAAAUGGAAAUAGAUUUCGAAGAACUGCUUGAAAAGAAGAUUGAGGCAGAAAUCCUGUGUCUGAUAAUGAAAAGAUAUUCUGAAAGCUGUAGAGUCAUAACAGAAGAUCACAUUGCUCUCUGUGAGGAGAACAUUCAAUCUGAAGAACAGUCAAAAGUGAUGCUCAAGCUGAAGAAUUUCGAGAACGAGUCUAUCAUGCUUAGUAAACGAGCUGAAGAGUUAGAGGAAGACCUGGCAAUGACUGAAGAAGCCUUGAGAUUGCAAAGACAAAUGCUGAAGUACUCCUUUUACCUUUUUGUCCAGAUGAUCACCCUUUGUAUCGCAUUAGUAUUGUUCAUCAUGUACUUGCUGCCUUCAUCAUUGUUGGAUGGGGUCACACCGACAUGAUCUCUGCAGGAAAGCCCUUUGUAUUUUUCCGGCUGUUAUAGGACUUUCCCAUAUGUUGCUGCUCUCAGGAGCACAGGCAAUGCGCUAAUUUCCUUUUGGACAAGGUAUACCUUGUCGUUAAGUUUUUGAGAUCCGACUCAAAUCGUUGGCACGCCACCGACUCGUGUUCUUAAUGCAGGUAUGUAUUUUGUUGGAUUUUUUAGGUUUUGAAGUUUUCUCUGGAAGUUGGCUUUUGAGACAUUAUUAUGCUUAUAUUAGUCCCUGUAAUCCAAGUGAAUGUAAAUCCUGUUUUAGGAGGAUAAGUUAGGGAAAUGAGUCAUAUUCUGUUCUGUAAAAGGGUCAUCUAAUUAUUAUGUAAGCUACUUUGUAAUUUAAUAAAUAUUCUCUUUUCUGACUUCAA